UGGUAUUUCUCAUUCACUGAGACUGCUUUGCCUCUCCUUUCUUUGGCCAGGUAUGCAUCUCUGUGGAAAGGGUGCCUGACACUUUACACAGGACGAGUAGGCGAGCUGCAUAAAAUUGGGGAGUUCUGCAUGGUUUACUCAGAAGUGCCAAACUACAGUGAGCCCAACUUGGAACACGUCGGGCAGAACAAGAAUGCACAGAGUGAACAGAAUAAUAUUUCUGCAUCAAGUAGUAUGGGUGCUUGUACUUUUGGGCCGCUGGGAAAUGGUUUACAAACUGGACCUGAAGCAAGUGGAUUUCCAUUCAUGUAUAACCAUGGCCACAGUUAUGCAG